AUGGCAUUUACACCAAUCAACAAACAUGACGUCGUCGCCACCUGCCCAGACGGCCCCAGCACAAGCGCUCACGAAGAACCCACAGCUCUGGGUCAUAAGGUAGCGACCACAGUUGCUUCCACGUACCUUGGACGAGGUGAGAUCACAAAGAUACCCACAGUCAAGAGCAAAAAACGCACUUCGACCGCAAAGCCUCUGUCGAAACCCAAGCGACGUCAGACGAGCAAUGUCAACGACGACUUUAGAGUCUCCAAGGGCGGUGCUGAGGUUACGCUGGAUGCCAUCCACUGUGAUACGCCUGCGCUUGCCAAGUUUCAAGGCCCUUCCAGCAAGUUCAGUAAAAUGCAGACCAUUGCAAGCCAACCAGUGUCCUUUCCCUCAUCGGUGAGUACCACAGGAAGUGAGUUGGCAUCGACUGUCUCCAAGCCCGUAUCAUUUCUUCCUCCGAGAACAACAAUGGACUCGUUUGUUACUACAUCGGCGCCAACAUCCUUACAAACCGCUAAAGCCGGCGAUGGCCAAGGCUUCACGCUCCAUCAGGGGUCUUCGACCACCGCAACCUACGACAGCACCAGCAUCUCAAUGUUUAAGACAAUGAACGUGAAUUCGAAUGAGCGCUGUCCCAGUACCUCGAUGGAACAGAGAGCGAGCCAGGACAGUGGCGAGUCCGGUACCAGCAAUCGACGCAGUGCACGGCGCCAAAAGGUUGUUCACGUUCCAUCUUCUCAGCCCGAAGCAUGCUCUGAAUCUUCUGAAAGACCGUUAAUUUUUGAUGACUAUGAUGACGACAAGGAAAACUUCAGUGAUGUUGAGAUGGUGAGUAUGGCAGAGAGCAACGAAGAUGAAGUCGAAAUCAGACCCAAUACUCCAGCAAACCGUGGACGCAAGUUGAAUACCCGCGAUGUUGAUGAGCUCGAAGACUACGGUGGCGCACUAUUGUCCGACGCAGACAAGCUUGCCCUGGACAAGAUCAACACCGGCGCCGAAAGUAACAUCAAGCCAAUUGUCCGCRAGCCAUUUCCACCAUCUGUUCUCGAUCGGUCACCAAUCUCUGGAGUGUCCCAUAGUGUCGUCCUGCGCACGUGCUUCCGAGUUGGCGAAGCGAUGGCGACCGGUUGUCACGGGGCCAGAAACGGUCACGAUAUUGUCAUCGAGUUGUAUGCUCGAGUGACCGCCUCUUGGCGGGAGCCAGCCCCUGGUCGCAAGCAGCACUUUUCGUUCAAAGACAUCUACCACGACAAACCGCCUUACCUUGACGGAACCUUCGAACUGUGGCAACAAGCCCAGCUAUGGGAUCUCGACAGCAAGGUGUUUACCGACGCCUCCAAAGGCAACGGAAUCAUGUGUCGUGUCAUUGGAAGACUCAAGCGCGAUGGGCAGAAGUGGAGGCUUGAUGUGUUGAGCAUCUGGGAAGCCACUUGGGAGGACAUUGAGUUUGCCGCCGGGAUAUGUGCCGUUGUUGCGGCAGCGUGA